UACUAAUUUUAGCUAUUACCUUAGACAAGUAAUUAAUUGUCAGUGGUUCCAAGUUUUUGUUACAAAAAAAUUGAGUGAUCUCAGUUGUUCCAUAUGAGAAAAUUUGUUUAAUAAAUACACUCAACUACUUAUUGUUAUUUAUAUUGUUACGAAAAAAAAAAAAAUCAGGUAAUACUACAUGGGAAAUAUUCGGGGGAUCAAGAAGGUUAGGUAUUUUCACAAAUUAAUUGACCCCAUUCACCCGCCGAGUACCCUUGAGUAAGCAAGAAAAAAAAAUACUGUUAUUCAUUAAAUUUAAGUUAUAAAAAAUUUAAAUAAACAAUAUGCCGCCGACACACAGUCUUUAUAUCAAAUAUUGGGACAAUAUUGUGAAAUAUUUGGCCGAACAUCCCGAAAUGAAGGCUAAAUCCUUCACUAACAAGCAGAUCCAAGCAAUGAUGCCAUUUAUUGGCUUGUCAUUCACUAAAAGUAACUUGACAAAAAAGGGGGUUGCCAGUAAAAUUAGCGAUCUGAGGAUUUGGAUUAAAAGCAACUUCAAUGAUUUAUCAAUGCAGGCCGACGUUUGCCGUCAAGCUCAGAUUCGAGAACAUCCAGGUGAAAAUGAGGCGGAUGGAGAUAAUAAUGAUGCUUGUGGUGAUGAUGAUGAUAAGAUUAACCAUGAUAAAGAUGCUUGUGCUGAUGGUGGUGGUGAUGAUAAUGAUUUUCACGAGGUGGCAAAGCCAUAUACUACAGAAAUGGUUAAUGAAAUUACAAUAUUAAACGAGCCAAAAAUAUACUCACAAGAUGAUAAAAAAAUUAAAAAAUCGAGUUAUCUAUGGAAUAUUGGUGAUUUAACACUGAAAAAAUCUGGUCGUCAAAAGUGUGGACAAAUUGGUAAAUCAGUUGAAUUUACAUCUAAAAAUAAUAAUGAUAAAAAUUGGCGUAUUGAUUUUUAUCCAUGGAGUCAUACAUCAGUAUCAAAACGUUUUUCAAAAUUUCAAUUAAUUAUUAAGAAUACUGAUUCAGCUGAUCAUUUAAAAUUUUUGACACAUAUGUCAAUAAUCAAUUCAACUGGUGAGAUAUGUGUAUGUAUCAACACAACUAACGACUCAGAAUUAUAUCCAGUUCCAACAAAUGGUAAUCUUCAUUUUAACCAUUAUAUUAAGCUCGAUGAUAUCAUGGAUACAAUGGAAAAAUUAACGUCAAAUGAUUGUUUGAAAAUAUUAAUUGACAUUGAACAAUUAAUUAGCAAUGAGUCAGCAAAUUCACAAAAAAAAAAUCCUGAGAGCCAACAUGAAACAAGUGAUUUUUUUUUAAAUGAAAGAUUUAGUGAUGUUGUUGUUGAUUUUAAUGGUACUGAAAUUAAAGCUCAUCGUAUUAUUCUUGCAAUGAAAAGUCCAGUAUUAUCAAAUAUGCUUGAUUAUGAUAUAAAUAAAAAGUCAAAAGAACAUAGAAUUUUAAUAAAAGAUGUUGAUCUUGAUGUUGGUAAAAAAAUGUUGGAAUAUAUUUAUACAGAAAUGACACCAAAAAAAAUAGAUAACUUGGUUGAUAAGCUAUUAAUUGCAGCACAUAAAUAUCAAAUUAAUAAAUUAAAAACAAUUUGUAUGGAACGCAUGGUCAAAAAAAUUAAUCAAAGUAAUGCUAUUAAAUUAUUAGUAUUAUCACAUAAUAAUGAUGCUCAAUUAUUAAAAGAUAUCCAGGCAAUAAUGUCAUAUCUUGGCUUGUCAUUGACACCCGAAGGGUCAAAACUGGAGAUGGACGAUCAAAUUCGCGGCCUGUUGGGUUGGAUUGAAUACAACUCCAAUUAUUCAUCAAUGGACGAUGACAUUUAUCAACGUCGAGCUCAGAUGAACAAUUUUAAUAAAGAUGAACAAUUAACAAGAGCUCCGACAAACCCAGCUUAUCGUGAAAUCGAAACAAUGGCAAAUCGUAUUAAUCUCCCACAAACCACUGUUAAUAAAGCAAAUGAUUUAUUCAAACGAGUAUUUAAUAAUGGUAAUAAUUUAAGAGGACAGUCAAUUUUGGCAAUUGCAUCUGCAUGCUUGUAUAUAGCAUGUCGCCAGGAAAAAUUACAACGUACAUAUAAAGAAAUUUGUGCUGUUAGUACAACAAGUAAAAAAAAAAUUGCUCUAUGUUUCAAAUUGAUAUUGAAAACACUUGCUAAUAUCAAUGAAACAAGGAUUGAAUUAAUGGAAAAUAGUGAUUAUAUGACAAGAUUUUGUAUAAGACUUGGACUGACAAAGAUUGUCCAACUAACAGCAAUAUAUAUUGCAAAAAAAGCUGUUAAUAUUGAUAUUGUUCCUGAUAGAUCAUCAGUAUCAAUUGAUGCUGCUGCAAUAUACAUGGCUUCUCAGGCAUUAGAAGACAAACGAACACAAACAGAAAUAGGUGAUAUUGUUGGUGUUGAUGAUGUAACAAUCAGAGAAACUUAUAAACUCAUGUUGCCACAUGCUGUUCAACUUUUUCCAAAUUAUAUUAAUUUUGUUACACCUAUUGAGCAACUUCCACCUAUGUAAUUUAAUUUACAAAAGCUUUUUAUAUAUAUAAUAAGAAUUAAAAUAAACUGAUUCAUCUCAUUGUUAAAAUAGUAUGACAUGUCAUUUAUAAGGAUACUCAAAUAAAGACUCAAAAAU